GCCCCCCGGGGGGAAGACGGCGGUGGCGGCGGCGGCGCGGCUCAGUGCUGCCGCCAUGUUGGGUCGGGGUGAGGUGAAGGCUGGUGGCGGCGGCGGGGGGUGGUGGUGAGCGGUGGCUUGUUUGUCUCUCCGCCUUCUGGAAAGGAUUUGUUCCUUCUCCUCAUCCGAAAGCCGGUCGGGCGACGGAACGGCUUCCCGACAGCGGUGAUAUCAUCUCCAAAAUAUGCCUGUCGUAACUGGUAUAGACCUAGAUGCGAAUGGCUACAUCAAUUGUUGCUGCAGUAACAGAAGAUUCUGGGUGAACAAUUGCUUGCCACUGCGGAAGGAACCUUGGGUAUAUUUCAAUAUCAGCUGCAAGUGUAUAGUUUGCGUAUUGGCAUGAAUCGUUACACCACUAUGAAACAACUUGGGGAUGGAACAUACGGCUCUGUUCUCAUGGGAAGAUGUAUAGAUUCGGGAGAACUGGUAGCCAUUAAAAAGAUGAAGCGGAAGUUCUAUUCAUGGGAUGAAUGUAUGAAUCUCAGAGAAGUCAAGUCACUGAAGAAAUUAAACCAUGCGAAUGUAAUCAAGCUGAAAGAAGUUGUAAGAGAAAAUGAUCACCUCUAUUUUAUAUUUGAGUAUAUGAAGGAAAAUCUCUAUCAGCUGAUGAGAGACAGAAACCGCCUGUUUCCCGAAUCAUCCAUAAGAAACAUCAUGUAUCAGAUACUUCAAGGUUUGGCUUUCAUCCACAAACACGGAUUUUUUCAUCGUGACAUGAAACCAGAAAACCUCCUUUGUAUGGGACCAGAACUUGUAAAAAUAGCUGAUUUUGGCCUAGCUCGUGAAAUUCGAUCUCGUCCACCAUACACUGAUUACGUAUCUACCAGAUGGUACAGAGCCCCUGAAGUUCUCCUUCGAUCAACAAAUUAUAGUUCUCCUAUUGACAUGUGGGCUGUUGGUUGUAUAAUGGCAGAACUCUACACACUAAGACCCCUUUUCCCUGGGUCUAGUGAAAUAGAUGAGAUUUUCAAAAUUUGCCAAGUUUUAGGAACACCUAAAAAGAAUAAUUGGUCCGAAGGCUAUCAGCUUGCAGCAGCCAUGAACUUCCGCUGGCCUCAAUGCGUACCAAAUAACCUCAAGACUCUGAUUCCUAAUGCCAGUGGUGAAGCAAUUCAACUCAUGAGAGACAUGCUGCAGUGGGACCCAAAGAAGCGCCCAACCCCAAGCCAAGCACUGCGAUAUCCCUAUUUCCAUGUUGGUCAAGCUCUGGGAACUCCUCAGCAAGUGCAAGAGCAAGGAAAACAGCAAAGAGAAAUGCAUUACAGGCAGCCAGUUAAUCAGCUAAAGCCUGUACCGCCACCUCACCCCCCAGACCUGGUUAACCCUCACCCACCCUCGAGGCCAUUACAACAAAUUACACCCUCUCAGCAUCAAACUUGUGUGCAGCAAACCGAUUCAGCAACCGGCUCGCGUGACAGUGGGAACAGCAGUGAACAAGCAAAGCAGCAUCAAAGUAUUCUACCUUCAAUAAAUAUCAAAGUGUGUAAAAAGGUAAUCAAGACAGAGGAUAAUAUUUGCAAUAGCACCAAGCCAAAAGGCAGUGCUCGACGAUGGAGUCAUACUAUUUUGAAAGAUUUCAACAACUGGAAUGAUUCUGGAGACUUGGCAUUUGGUUCUUCAACUAAAAAUGUGAAUUUGAAUGAUAAAAAAAGGCAAAGUCAGGAAUCGCAGUUUAAAAUGGAAAGCCUUUUAGACUUGACUCCUUCAAAUACUAAAUCAAGCAAUAAAAAUAUGCCUACAGAUAAUCUGCCUCAAGCAGAUACUACUUCCAGAGCUUCGUCAGCCAAAUAUCACUAUCUGAAACAAUCAAGAUAUCUGCCAGGAAUAAAUGCCAAGAAAACCCCACUUGCCAAUAUGGGUAAAGAUUUUAAUGUUCAUAACCUCUGGGCCAACUCUAACCUUUCCAAUAAACCUUUAGGAGUUGUUGGAGGAGCUCUUCCCCUCAGCUGUACCAACACGGUUUAUGCCACUGGCACUGAUGUUUCUGGAGGAUACACAUCGACAUCGACAUUUCGUAAGAAAGAAGUUGGAUCUGCCGGCCAAAGAGUGCAGCUAGCACCAGUUGUGGAAACUGAUUCCAAUUAUGCAUCUUGGAAAUCCAGCCGAUCACAGUUGGGAUGUCAGCCAUAUUCGUCAAGCAAAAGCAUCAGUGGGUUAAUGCCACAUCCACAUCCAAUACAUGGGCGAAUUGACUGGUCUUCCAAAUAUGGAGGACAUAGAUAAAAAUGGACCUAAAUAACAUUUAGAUGCAAGUCAGUGGUAUUAGUUUUUUCAUAAUAUCUACUGAAUAUCAAUUUUCUGAGUGGGGAAAAAAAUGCCACAUUUAAGGAUGAAUUUCAAACAAUUGCAGUUGGGGAUAGUUGCGUUUGUUUCCAUUGUAGUUGAUGUUUUUCCUACCCCUAGAAAAAUAUUUUUGCAAGAGCUUUUUUGAAAAUUUGCUGGUUAAUAAUUUAAUGCUUUUACUCUUUUCUACUUCUGUAAAUAUUGUGUAAUGUAUAUAACAAGUUUCAGGAUUUGUUUAUUAAAGUGCAUUAAGUAUUUUGUUAAAGGACAGGGUAAUAGACACGUGCAGGUAUCUUUGCAUAUGAAAGUAGCAUUUGUAGGAUACUCUGACAACUCUGAUUUGGAGGUGCACUACAAGUCUGAGUCAUUGAAAUUUGCCUGUGGCAAUUAGGAGGCUUUUUUUAAGGGAGAAUUUAUUGUAAAGUUUGAAGUAUCCUUAAGUAGCAAACUUAUUGAGUAGCCCAUUUUUUACAAAAUGAGCAUUAAAAAAUAUUUUCAUUGUUACUUUGUCUUUAAGCACGCAUCAUUCUCUUUCUUGGGAAUAGACUGCAGUUCUACCCUGGGUGUCUUCUGAUGGUACUGGCGAAAAAGACAUUGUACUGUGGUCUACGUAUUUUCUUUUCUUUGUAUUGACGAUAAAUUCCUCUAGCGGCUUGCGUGAGUAAAAUUCUGCCACAUGGAAAACUCUAACCACAAACCUUUUAUCCUGCCAGUAAAUGACAACAGCACACUUGCACUCGUGCCCUCCACACCGCCCAUCACAGCCCCUCCUUUCCACAGCCAACCUCUCCUUCAAUAAUUUUCAGUCGGUAUUGGAAGUAAUUUGUAGAAAAUUACCUUCAUCGAAGAUUGGCUUUAUGAUGUCCCAUCAGCGAUGUUUUAGUGUUGAGCAAUAACAUAAGAGCAUUUGAUCUACAUUUUUAUGGUCCAUAUAUCUUUUUUAAAAAAAGGUCAAGCCACAUAUAAACUGCAUCAACAUUCUGCUUGUAUUUCCCUGGUAAGAAAUGCUAAGGAAGAUUUUAAUUGGCUGCUUUAAAAUUAUGUGAAGCAUUUUAUUCUCAUUUUUCUUAAAGCCUCCCAGAUUGGUUCCAUGGUUGACCUGAGGAUAUUUCUUUGACCAUCUUCAUGACAGUAUUGCAGCUAGCCACAAAUUCUUUUUUCCAUUCUCUGCCUAUGUAAUGUCCAUCUUGUAUCUGUCCAUGCUGAACUUAUUGACCAAACAGUAGUCAUGGGAAAAAAAAUCAGAUACGCAUAUUGUCACUGGUUCUUCUGUGUGAAGCUAGUUCUGGUGCUCAGAAGUAAAGUUUGAAUGGUCUCUGAUGCAUUUUUAUAUGUGGAAUGUUUUGAGUAAUUUUUCCAGAUUUUUGUCAUUAUAUAAAUUAUGAUUUAGUUUUUUGUGGUGGUGGGGUGGGAUUACCCAUUGUCUCUUUUUGCAAAUCUUUUUACUACUUAGGGGGGAAAAAAAUAACAAGAUACUUCUGAAAACCUAUUCUAAUAUCUGCAACAGUCUAUUAAUACCCAUUAUAACUUGUAGCAUCUGAUUAGCUAUGCCUUAGUAAUCAAAUCGAAACGCAUUGUAGCAAUGCAGGAAAUUAUAUAUAAUAUGUUAAAUGAGUUUGGUAUUCUUUUUAUAAAGUUAUGUUUUAACAUUACUGAUCCAAAUUUUAUAUAAAUAUGCUGUUAAUUUGAAAGAUUUACUGUUGUAACUAAUGUUCCUGAAAUCAUCCCAAAUGUCAACAUUAAAAUUAUUAGUUUUGAAUAUUA